CAGAUACGAAGGAAGGGGCCGGGGAUAGCGUUCAGCUCUGGGUUGUCCUGUCCAAUGGCGCGAGAACGCGAAGUAAUUCUGAAUGGAGGGGGCACGAACGACUGCAAAGCUCUCACCAUUCAAGUCGAUUCGUCUGCUUUCACAACAUGGAUUAGGCAGAUGCAGCAUUCUGAAAUGCCGAGUCCGACGCCCACAGGGAGGGACGAGAAAAUGCUCUGGCAAAAAGAAGCAGGUGCCCGCAUAUCCAGGGUCCGGCAGCAACUCCGCCGCGUCGUGGUGGACGACGAAGACGACAGCUACACGCCGCACUAUGUACCAAUCGGCCCUUACCACCGCAGCCGUUCAUCUCCAUGGAUCGAGAAAACGAAGAAGCGCUCUACUAGCUUCCUGCAGAGCCUGUCCGAGGAGCAUACAGAAGGUGGUCUCACGGGCGUGAUGGAGAAGCUGGAGCCCUUGGCUAGGGAGUGCUACCCCUCCGGCGAUGGGUUCGGCGACAUGACGCCGGAGAAUUCGUCGAACAUGCUGCUGCACGACACGUGCUAUCUGCUCCUUUUCUUCGUCGACUACGUGUCCGGCAACCGCGUUCCUCCGGCUCUGGCUGAUGAUGAUGAUGAACGGCCGGUCAGCCGCAACACCUUGGUACGCGACACGGUGUUCCUUGUCGAGAACCAGAUCCCUUUGUUACUGCUCCAGGGUAUCCACGAGCGUGUCACGGGAAGCACCACCUCCGUCCUCGACUACAUAGCCAUGCCCAUCCAGGAGCUGCUGCAGCAGCAGCUCUUCAUCAGUAGGAAGCCACGGCCACCGCCGCCGACGUGCUCUCACCUGCUGCAUCUCGUGCACGCCUACUUCCGCCCGGCGCUGCUGCCGACCGACAGGACGGCCAUGUGCGGCAGGAUGGUGACGGGCCGGUGGCGCCGGGCGGCGGAGUACCGCAGGUACGCCAACGUGCGGCUCAUGCGCCGGGACUUCCAGGACGAUGUGGAGUCUUCCGUCCUGGAUGUGCAGCUUGAACGAGGCACGCUGUGGAUCCCUCGCCUGCGUGUCGACAGCAAGACCUGGACCAUCCUGCGCAACCUGAUGGCCCUGGAAGACAAGGCACACCGGAGGCCCGUCACGGCCUACUGCCUUUUCAUAUCGCAGCUGGCCUGCACGGCGGAGGACGUCCAGCUCCUGCGGCGGGCAGGGAUCGUCGACCACUUCCUGGGCAACGACGAGCAGCUCUCUAAGGACUUCGCUGGCCUCUGCAAGGGGGUGGUCAUCGACGUCGACGACCUGGACAGGAACUACCUCAAGCCCUUGUGGCACCAGCUGGAGAAGCGCUGCCACAGCCGUGCGCAGAUAUUCAUGGGGUGGUUCCGCCACGGGCAGAACUGGGAGAUUGCCGCCGCCUUCCUGCUGGCUCUCAUCGUCAUCGCCUGUCAAGUGACGCAAACGUUCUAUGCAGUUGCUCGCGGCGGACACUAA